AGACUCAUCCGAUUCUUGGCCAAAGAUGGCAAGACAUAUUAUGGCGACGCUCUCGUACCAUCUGGAGCAAACGACUUGACAAGAGUGGCCCAGGCAAAGAUCAUUCAGGGUACACCAUGGGGACAGCAUCAGGUCACUGAGCGUGUAGCUGAUGUACAAAAACUCCUUGCACCAUUAGCCCGGGAAGACAUCAGGACCGUCCGCUGCCUCGGUCUGAACUACGAGCAGCAUGCCAUUGAAGUAUGUACCCACUUCGGCCGUUUCAUUCAGAGAAUUCGUGUUGACCAGUGUCACAGNUCCAACAUGCCCAUUCCGAAAUAUCCCGUCCUCUUUUACAAGCCCGUCACUUCCGUCACAGGGCCAUUCGACAAGAUUCCCGUGUGUGCAGCUGCUCAAGAAGGCGAAGGUCUCGACUACGAGUGUGAACUGGUCGCCGUGAUUGGUAAGGAGGGUUCAAACAUCUCAGAAGCUCAGGCACUGUCGUACGUGGCAGGAUAUGCUGUAGGAAACGAUGUCUCGCAUCGCGAUUGGCAACUCAAACGUGGUGGUGGUCAGUGGGGUCUCGGCAAGGGUUUCGAUGCAUGGGCACCUGUCGGUCCUGCGGUUAUCAGCAGCAAGCUUGUCCCAGACCCGCAAAACCUGAGAAUCAUGACCAAGGUCAAUGACAAGACUGUCCAAGACAGCAAUACAAGAGACAUGAUCUUCGGAGUCGCAAAGACCAUUAGUAUCUUGAGUCAGGGUACCACCUUGUUGCCUGGAGAUCUGAUCUUCACCGGAACUUGCGAAGAACAAGCACUUGCUUACACAGAACUAGUNCCCCAAGGCGUUGGCAUGGGUCGCAAGCCCCAAGUUUGGUUGAAAGAUGGAGAUGUUGUAGAGGUCAAUCUCGAGGGUGUAGGCAGCUGCAUCAACAAGGUAGAGUUUGAAAAGACCAAGGCACGUCUAUGA